AUGAAGCUUCUGUCUGCCUCAUUAACUCCUGGUCCUACAAACAUCCUAGGACUGUCAGUAUAGUGCUUGCUAAUUUGUUUUCCUUCUCUGGAGCACGUUCUUUUCCAAGUGCCUGGUGUGAGCCUGAUGACAUCGAGUUUCCUCGGCAGUGCCCUCCGGGGCACCUUCUUCCUCGUUUUUGGUCUCUGGUGGUCUGUGCGAUACCCCCUGAAGUAUCUCAGAUGGAAAGUGAAUGCCGAGAACCAGCCAAGCUAUGGAGUCCAGCGCGCAGAAGUCUUUGAAGGGGCAGUCAAAGCUUUCUUUGCUCUGGCAGGGAUACUGGUGGAGCAGUUUGUUCCCUCUGGUCCCCACAUGACGCUGUACAGCCCCAAGACACACAGCUGGACAGACCUCACCCACUGGCACUACACCACCAUGUACCUCUUCUUCCUCCUCUCUGGCAUCGUGGAUGUCGUCUUGCACUCACCACUGAAGCUGCCGCUUGGCUUGGAUCGGCUCUUGCUGUCUGUGGCUCUCUUCAUGGAAGGCUUGCUCUUCUGUUUCCGUGACUACAGCGAUGCUGCGCUGGACCAGCACCUCCACUCCCUGUUGGCCAUGGCUAUCUUUGCUGGAGCCCUCUGUGCCCUCCUGGAGGUGUUCCUCCGAGACCACAUCAUCCUGGAGUCCCUCAGGACCAGCACCUUCCUUCUGCAGGGCUCCUGGCUCUGGCAGAUUGGGUUUGUGCUGACCCCACCAUGGGGAGGACCAGGCUGGGAUCAGACCGACCGCAGCAAUGUCACAUUCCUCACCAUGUGCUUCUGCUGGCACUACGCGGGUGCCCUCGCCGUCCUGGCAGCCAACGCGGCCACGUCUCGCUGCUGCAAUGAAUCCUGCCAGCUGAAAUUUGGGGACAUCGACGUGGAGCUGGACUGCGGCAUGUGCAUCCGCAAAAGCAAGGGCUCCAGCGGCGCCCUGCUGCCGGAGAGCGGCUUGGAUGACAAGUGA